UCCAACGAAAUCUAUAAAUAAUAGAACUAGAAAACGUUACAUGCAGAGCAGAUUAACAUAUAGAUAGCUAAUCAUGAAGGGUGUUAUACUACUGGUUGUUUCUCUAAUUAUUGUAAGUCUAACAUUGUCAACCUCAAACGUUAAUGCAACCACCAAACAUAGUCAUUUCGUGUUCGUUCAUGGGGCUGGCCAUGGAGCUUGGUGCUGGUACAAGGUGGCUACUCUCUUACAAUCCAUGGGUCAUAAUGUCACAACUAUGGACCUUACAGCCUCAGGAAUCAAUCCUAUCCAAGUUAGCCAAGUCAACGGUUCAUUGGUUGACUACGCUAAGCCGUUGAUGAAUUACAUGGCAUCUUUGCCGGCGGCGGCCACAGCGGAAAAGGUCGUCUUGGUGGGCCAUAGUUUAGGUGGACUCAGUAUAUCUCUUGCUAUGGAGACCUUUCCCCAUAAGAUUUCAGCUGCAGUAUUUGUCACAGCGUUUAUGCCUGGUCCUAAUCUCAGCUAUUCAAAAAUAUCCCAAGAGAGUACACAGGGAAACGGUUCUCCUAUGGAUUCGACAUUUAUAUAUGGCAAUGGUCCAAAUAAUCCUCCUACUGCUGUACUUUUCGGCCCAAAUUUAUUGGCAUCAAACUUUUACCAGCUUUCUCCACCAGAGGAUUUGGUGCUUGGUCUAUCAUUGUUGAGACCUUAUGAUAUGUUUAGCAAUGAAGAAUUGCUUAAUAAACAACUAAAACUGACCAAAGAGAAGUAUGGCUCUGUAAGAAGAGUUUUUAUCGUGUGCGACCAAGACCAUGCGAUCGAGGAGAGUUUGCAGAGGUGGAUGAUUGAGAGGAAUCCACCGCAUGAAGUGAUGGUCAUCAAUGGAACAGAUCAUAUGGUUAUGCUCUCUAGGCCACUCGAGCUCUUUUCCUACCUGGGACAGAUUGCACACAAAUAUUAUUAAUACAUUCAUGCAAUUAUAAAUGUACUACAAUGAUUUCUUUCACAACUAUUGUUAAUAUGCCUAAAUAAAGUGAAAGUGUUUAUACAUUCUUACUAAAA